AUGAAGUUUUUUGUUGUUUUAAGUGCUUUUCUUAGCUUGUAUUUUGUCGAAGCACAGUCAGGUGUAGUGUACGAUGAGAAUCAGAAGAAUAUCCAAUUUCACGUCACAUUAUGGAUUACACUUACGUUGAUUAUGGCAUUUCUUAUUGGGGUUUAUGCAACCUUCCAAAUUAGCAACACAAAGGAUUCACUGUUAUAUUCAAAAAUUAACACAUCCAGCAACCAGAAAUGA